AUGUUACUUCAAAAGGCUAGAGUGAAGUGGGAUUCAGAGGGUGAUUUGAAUAGUAAAUUUUUCCAUUCUGUCAUGAAAUCCAGGCGUAGGAGUAAUUGUAUCAGCCAUAUCCAAACGGAGUUGGAGUCGGUAGGGGAGGUUAAGGAAGAGGUUAAGAGGAAUUUUGAGGAGAAAUUUGUGGAAAGUGGCCAUUGUCGGCCUAUUCUUGAAGGGGAUGACUUUAGAAGUCUUUCUCAACAAGAGAGGGAGUCGUUGGAGGUUCCGUUUUCUGAAUCGGAAAUUAAAGAGGCAGUGUGGAGUUGUGAAGAAUCGAGGAGCCCGGGACCGGACGGAUUAAAUAAGGUUAUGUCCUCUUUAAUCUCAAGUUGCCAAACAACUUUUGUUCCAGGAAGGAUGCUUCUUGAUGGAGUUUUAAUUGUGAACGAAGUUGUUGAUUAUGCGACGAAAUUUAAAAAGGGUUGUUUGCUUUUUAAAGUUGAUUUUGCAAAGGCUUAUGACAAGGUGAGUUGGGGGUAUUUAAGGAGUCCGACUAAAGAUUUUAAGGUCGGUAGAGGGCUUAGACAAGGAGACCCGUUGUCUGCUUUUUUAUUUGUUAUUGCCACGGAGGGUCUUGUUGCUCAUGUUAAACAGUUUAUUCAGUGUAACGAUUUCUAUAGCUUCUCAGUGGAAGGAAAUUGUGAUGUGGACGUUUUAAAAUUCGCGGACGACACUCUUCUAGUGGGUAAUGGGUACUGGAAGCAAGUUUGUGCUUUAAAGGCUGUUUUGCGAGGCUUCGAAGUGGUUUCGGGGUUAGGAGUUAAUUUUAUCAAGAGCAUGGCCCCGGUUGCGGUUUAUAGAGAAAUUGAAAACAUUCAUAACAAAUUUAUCUGGGGUGGCUGCGGGAAUGACAUUCCGUUUUGGAGUGCAGUCUGGUUCGGAAGUCCGAAGCUGUUGGAUGCUUUUUCGUCCAUAUUCGAGUGGAGUCAUUCGAAGGAAGCCGUGGUGAGUUCCUUGGGAUGUUGGUUCGAAAACAGGUGGGUCUGGGACUGCUUUGGUGUGGAUCGGUCAGCACCUGCAUCUGUGUUGGCUGCUGUCACAGUUUUGAAGGGGCUGCUGUUGGAGGUUUUUCCGGAAAGGAGCAAGACUGAUUCGGUUGUCUGGAAGCCGCGCAGAGGGUCGGGUUAUUCAACCAAUAGUGGAUAUAACUUAUUGAUAAAGGAUUACGAAGGUCCGGCGUGGGAUAGCGAUGUGAAAUUAGCUUUUGAUUCUAUUUGGAAAUCAAAUGUUCCUUAUAGAAUAAAAGCUUUCAGGUGGCGGUGUUUGUGGAAUAGACUUCCUACAAAGUAUCUUUUAGUUCGUAGAGGUAUUUCCUUAUCGAUCAAUGAUCAACUUUGUGUUUUUUGUUCCGUCGAGCUCGAAACUUUAGAUCAUAUUUUGUUGGGUUGUCCCUUUUCCAAGUUAGUUUGGAAAGAUGUGUUCUUAUGGUGA